GAUUGUAUUGCCAUCAGCUGAUUGAAGCAAAAUCAACCAUUUCAAUCAAGUCGUCGUUUUCAUAAAACAGGAUAUUUAAAGUGUUCUUUUAUAACUUGGCUUAAUUAGGACACUUGGAACGCUUAAGUUCGGCAAACAUCGCGCUAAUGUCCGUUUUAAGGCAAUGUGGUGUUCUAAUAAGUCGGCAGCAACAUCAUGCCGUAAUAAAUGCCUUCAGUUUAUUAGCACCAAUUUCCACAGGAUUCAUCAACCGUCCCUUAAAUAACGUUUUAUGGAACAGUCGAGGUCACAAGAACUUUGGACAUAAAGAGGAGAAAACACCUAAUCUUACUAAAAUCUUUCAUUUUGUGGUGGGCUCGUUAGUCGUUAUAAGUUUGUUAGAUUUCAAAAAGCUCAAAAAGAUGCUUACGCCCAAAGUUGAUGCUGAUGCUGGGGUGGAAUAUACGGAAAUUUCACAAAAGCGAAAAAAUACUGAAACAAUAGUAACAGAGGAUAGAGUAAAUAAGCAACAACAACUUUUAGACGAGGAUGAUGAUAAUUCGGAAAAUGAAGAAUCUAAAGAAGCCGUCAAAGCAACAAAAGCGAAAAAAGAGAAAGUUGGUUUUAGGGAACGUAAGAUCAUUGAAUAUGAAAAUCGUAUUCGACAAUUUUCUACGCCUGACAAAGUAUUUCGUUAUUUCGCUACCAUACAAGUACCCACCGCUGAUGAUCGUCAUGAGAUAUUUAUGACACCAGUAGAUUUUUUAACAAGCAUGACACCUGGAAUGAAGCAUCCAGAGGGUUUGGGUUUAGAUCAAUACAAACGCUAUGAUCCAAAGCAAGCCUCUGGAAAGUCUGUUGGCGAUUGUUUAAAUUUAAAGCUGGAGAAAGAUAGCAUAUUCUACAAAUUGGGUUCGUACGGCUUAAUAACAUUCUCGGAUUAUAUCUUCUUACUAACCGUGUUAUCGACGUCACGUCGUCAUUUUGAAAUUGCUUUUCAAAUGUUUGAUUUGAAUGGGGACGGCGACGUAGACAGUGAAGAAUUUGAACGAGUUGCUAACCUGGCGAGACAGCAAAGCAGUAUUGGCAGUCGGCAUCGCGAUCAUGCCAAUACCGGUAAUACUUUUAAGUCUACUAAGGGUGUUAAUUCGGCCUUGAUCACCUAUUUCUUUGGCCUCAAUCUGGAUAAGAAACUUACGAUUACUAAGUUCUUGGAAUUCCAACAACAAUUACAACGAGAAAUUCUCUCUUUGGAAUUUGAGCGUAAGCAUCCCAAUGAGAAGGGUUGCAUUACCGAAGUCGACUUUGCCGAGCUAUUGUUGGCUUAUGCCGGUUCAAAUGCCAAAAAGCGCCAACGCAAGCUGAAACGCGUUAAAAAACGUUUCCGCGAGAACAGCUUAGGCAUCACUAAAACGGAUUAUUUAAAUUUCUUUCACUUUAUUAAUAACAUCGCCGAUGUCGAUACGGCUUUAACAUUUUAUCAUAUUGCCGGUGCUUCCAUCGAUCAGGCUACGCUCAAGCAUGUGGCUAAAACGGUGGCCAAAGUUGAUUUAUCGGAUCAUGUGAUUAGUGUGGUCUUUACAAUAUUCGAUGAUAACAAUGAUAAUCAACUAAGUAAUCGUGAAUUCAUUGCUGUUAUGAAAAACCGCAUACAAAGAGGUCUUGAAAAGCCCAAGGAUACUGGAUUUUUGAAAUUAAUGGAGUCGUUAUUAAAAUGUGCAAAAGAGGCCAAACCAGUUCUAUUGGAUCUCUAAAAUCCGAAAUGAAGAAUGACAGAGAGUGGGUCAAAGAAAUUUAUAUACUCAAGGCAUACGUUACUUAGUAAAAUUUGCUAAAAAUUAUGUUUUCGUAACAAAUUAAAUUUUAUCUGUGUCCCUGUUAAUAUAUAUGUGCUGUUAAAAUCUCUGAAAUCUUUAAGUUAACACAAGAUCUUUAUAAUAUGGAUACAAUAUAUAUAUCGUAUAAAACUUAUUACAGUUAUUAAUUGUGCAAGAUUUUCGAUUUUUAUAUAUGUGUAUAUACAAAACAACAUUCUGCGGAGAAUAACGUAGAAUAUCUUCGACAUGUUAAUCUAAGCAGAUUUAUAGUCUGCGUCCGUUGUGGUACGAGGAUAUAUUAACUUUCUACGGACAUUUGUAACCCCAAGGGAUGAUUCAUAUAUCCCCAUCUUUUGUCAUACUGAUUCAGAAUCGCUUCCUGAAUCUAAACUUGUAAACUUGUCUGUCCGUCUGUCCAUCUUGAAUGUAACACCAAGAAAGGCUUUAGAUACACCCAUCUCUUAUUAUACCGAUCAGUUUCGGAUCGUUUUUUGAAAUAUGGUCCCAUCCACCUGUUUGUGCUGUUUCUUGUGUUUAAGUUAAUGGGCGCAAUUUUUGAUAUAUUCUGAUUUGAACAUUUGGUUCGCUGACUGGUAUUUUCACCCAAGAAAGAAAGCUAUUGGAAAUCGUUCCGACCGAGCCUCUGUCUUAACCCCUUCCUUACAAUACCUUUCUUUCUCUUACUUUAAUGAUGCGCCGUGGCUUUCUUUAGCAUGUUGACUUGUUUCUAAAAAGUUGAAAAACUGUUCUCAACGAUUGAGAAUUGUGAAUUUGUUCAAUUUAAAAAUUAAACCUAGCAUUUCCUAUUUCCCAAGAUUCGGAAAAAAUGUUUGCCUGAAAACUGACGUUUUUAAUUGAAAAAUACUACAAAAGAAGAAAUGAUGAGAGUACCGAUUAUACUUAAUAUCCAUAAAAUAAGAAUUUACAUACAAUUUGGGGUUUGUUUCUAAGGCGAUUUCGAGUUUACAAAUUUUUCGAGGGCAAAUCUUCAGAUAUUUACCUCAGCUAAAUCCUUUAAACUUUUUGUUUCCAUAUUAUCGGGCAACUCUUUUAACCGAAUAAUUCCGUUGAUGUACGAUGCUUCCCUACAACACAUCCCGAAAACACUGUGAAUAUUACGUUCGAAGUUAUGGUAAGAAAGCCAGAUUAAAUGUCCUGCUACUGUUCAAUGUCUCAAAUGGGAAAGUAAUGUGCAUAAAUUGUGCAAGACAAUCACAAUUUUAUAUGUGUGUUAACCAAAAAUCGUAUUAACCGA